GAAGUGCUUUCCUGCGCACCUAUAAAACCAGUGAAAGCGCCUGCCGACCCUCCAGACUAUCGCACAGUACGACAGCGGCAGCAGCUCUGCCGACUACCGUCUCACCGGCUUUCAUUGUCAAUUGGCCAAUCCUUUACGCUAAAUCCCCAAAGUUUUAUCAACGAUAAACCAAGGCACAGACAUUCAGUUACGCGUCGCUCGCCGUUCCUCGCGUUUCGGUGAGCCGUCAAUCACGUUCGCCGGCUACUUGUGAUUAGCAGCAGCUUAGUCAGCAGUGACAAUGAAAACGAUAGUUGCCAAAAUUCUGAUCGUCUUGUCUUUGACCGGGACACAGGUGUUGGGAUACCCUCCGCAAGGAAGACUCAGUCCAGAUGGAGCGCCAGUUCCUGCGGACGCUGUUGAACACGAGGACUCUGUGGCGUCCGCUUCCGAAACGGGCGAAGAGUACGAGGACAGCGACGAUUCGGACAUGUACAUGGAGCCGGACGGUGCCGAGACUGAGACCGAGACCGAGACCGAGGCCGAGGCCGACGAAAGCGGCAAGGAACAGCAGCGAGAGGAGCAAACAGACGAAGCGGACACGACCGAGCAAGCUCCGUCCGAGGUGACGGAGAAGACGGAAGAAGCAACAAAGUACAACACUAGUAGCCGCGUGGAACCGAGAAAGUCGAAGGACCAGCAAGCGGAAAAUACCAAAGAAACGGGCGAAACGGACGAGCCGGACGCGUCCUCACCGGAGGAGGACAAGAGCUUGGAAACUGACAGUCAAAACUUCUUCCCCUCGUUCGCCGAGUUGUUCGCGAAUCACCGACUUUCUUUCGCGGAGCAGCAGAGAUACAGGCCGAACAGAUUCCUCGGUUACUUGCAACGCGAUCGCAGUGGCUAUCAAACGGCGGCCGCCACCGCGAAAGACCCGCUUCUUCAUCAUCCGCUGCUAGGAUCCGGGAACUUUGGCGUGAUCCGAGGCGGCACUUACUACCCCGAGGAGAAGGAGAACGACGAGUACGCGACCGACGAUGGCAGCCCGUACAAUCCGUACUAUCACGGCGGAAGUCGCGGCCGCGCCAACUAUCUGAGAAACCCGAAGCCUCAGCCGAUUCGCGGCGGCGAUUUCUUCGCGAAUUUCCGAGACUUUGCCGACAUCACGGCUCCGCCCAAGUCCAGCUUCUCUCACCUGUCGGUGGUUUACGCGAACAAGAACGACAGCAGCAAGAGCGACGCGACGUCAACCGGCCGUAUCACGGAACCGAGGAACAUCAUCGAGACGCUGAGAAUGUUGGAAGAGGAAGCGAUGAUGACGGGCAGCGAAGCGACCACCACCGAGCCACCGCCGAGGAAGAAACAGAGCAAAGGGAAGUGGAAGUUGGCGAAGAUGAGACAGUACGAGGAGGACAAAGCCAGGAGAUCCCGUAUGACCGUCGAGCCACUGUUGGCUCUCAGUUGAACGUACCGACAGCCAGGGUUCGAAUUGUACGAUAGUGCGCGGACGCGAGCAUUUCGGGAUCUUUCCGAAAAGGAAAAAGAAAAAAAAAACACGCGGCCACGAGAUAUAGAUGUAUGUAUAUAUCGGAACAAACAAAGUCUGUAAAGUGUUGUCUCGUCGCAUUCCAGCUGUAUGUACAUCACGUGGAUUUGGUGUUUGUGGUGAAAACAAACGGGAGACGUUCCGAAUCCUCUUCUCUUUCGGGUCAUCAAUUUGUUGUCAACGGGUUCUGGGACUGGAUCUCUGUAUCGGUGCGAGGAAUGCGUUCGUAUAUAACGUAGAUUUCGUUCGUGCGUUCCGCUUCGUGUUCCUCGAUUAUCGGCGUCAAUCAACGUAAAUGCGCGCGUACCCACCAUCGCCACUCUGCCGUACUUUUCAAUUCCUCUUGGCAAUUGUCGACGAUCUGGGCGUGGAAACCGCGAGUUUUCAACGAUUACUCCGAAUCGUUUAUCGGCGAUAAGCUGUCAUUUGCGUCGUGCCGUUUUCGCUUCGUAAUUCAACGUUUCGGAGACGUUCUGAGAACUCUAAAAGCGCCGAAAUACAGGUUACCGUCGGAUCCAACUGCUAAUGAUACUCUGGGAACUCGGUGUUUACUGAAAUUAUGCGAAGAUUUCUCAACUCGGUAUCGAUACACCGUCGAGCGAACACAAGCUCGCGUGCGAUGGAGAAAGCAGUUCAAACGGACAAAGUAUGACUCGAUAUUCGGCCGCGAGUUCAAAUUGGAUUGUUUCAUUAAUCGAUUUUCAUGGAGGAAAUGUUUCAACCUCUCUGAAUAUUCACGUUGCAUCGUAUUGCGAAAGAGCCGCGUUGAGAAAGACAGGGAGAAACGCGCGACGAUUCAAAAUCGAGAGCCCGACCGAUUAAUUUCCCAAUGUUUGCGUGGCCGCGUGCGAGUAGCGAGUCGGCAGGCUGGCGUGUUGCGAUUGUGUCAAACUCGUUUAUCGGCAAUUCACGGACACAUUUUAAAUUGAUUGAAUGCACUUGCGCCGUGCACUUUCGUUAUGCUCGAGUAAACCUCGGCCCGGUACGAGUUGUGAUCUCCGUUCAUGGACUGCGCGCCGCCGUACGCACGUGAUCGCGUGCGCCGAGCGAGAAAAUCUCUCGCGACGCCCCGUUAUCGUCAGUCGCGAGAACGGAGUCACGCGGAGCAAAGAAAUCGUUGCAGGAGCGUUCAUUUCCCACUGUCCGCGCGCGCGUCGCCUUUUGUAAAUAAAUUUCAUCGCUCUCUGCGCCAUUUGUUUUCUUUAGUGUUUUAGCUAAAGCGGAAGUCCUCACUCCCGCCUUCGUUUUCGACGAAUACGCGUUUGUUCUGCGUGUUCAGCUCUCAACCAGUAAGAUCCAUCGUAGAUGACUAAAUUUCCACCUCUCUCUUUCCCUUCUUUCUUUCUUUCUACGUGCAGACUGUCUCUCGCUGCAUUCGUUAAAUUCGCAAAGACUGUUCACCUGUUAAUUAAACGAUCGGCUCGACGUGGAAUUGUUCAUUUCUUUUUGUACAAAUUAAACCAAUAUUUCUCUCACAAAAGCAUCUGAUUUUGUUUAGACUUUCACUUGCACGAGUGAAAGAGCUUGUCUUGGCGGCACCUUUUUCUAACUCGAUCGGAGCAAAUCCAAAUCUCCUCUGAUUUUUCAGAAAAAAUCACGGCGAGGAUUCAUCGUACCUGUACGUUCAUAGUAGCGAAGGGGACAGCCGCAACAAUGUCGUUCGCUGUAGAUUUCGUUACACGUAACAGUUGUUGUUGAUUGUUUUAAAUACUAUACACAUACGUCGAGUAGGUAUGAUAAUUAAAUUUUAUCAUCUGUGUCUCGUUUCAUGCAAAUAGUGUCGUCUCGCACGUUGCCAAGAGACACGGGACAUCGAAAUAAAGUAUAUUUUUCCUAACUUA